AUGCCCGCAAGGGUUCCUGCGGCCUCGCCCGAGUUCUUCCUCCAUUGCUCCCCGCGCGGUAACAGCGCGGGCAAUUCCGACAGUUCGGGCGGCUCUUCGUGGGAGCUGGUCGAGCUGGAGUCCUCCGACGAUUGGCAGGUGCCGGACCUGCCGCCGAGUGCGCUGCAGAGCGCCGACGAGACGGCUCGCUUCGGGUGCUGGCCGUUCGGGCCACAGGUGCGGUCGCUCGUCUCGCUGGUGAGUGAUCCGAUCGUGGAGCAGGAUUCAGCUGACGAGCCCGAGGGUCUCGAGAUACAGAUGCCAGUGGAGCCAUGGUCUCGCCGCUUCUACCGCCUGAGUGCGACCGACGGUGUGGAGGUGCAGUUGGUGCGCCGCAAGAGCGGCAAUGUGUGGGCCGUCAUCGGCCCGGACCUGACUCUCGGCCUGAUCUGCAUCACGGCGAAGACGUCUAUCUUCACGGACCCUGUGGCGGGGAUCCGCUGGCGGCCGAUGCCCCCUCUUUCCGCAGCCCAGAGGGACGCCUACGUCAGCCAGGCGACGGAGGGGUUGAGGGCGUCGACGGCGCCGAUGUUGCCGCUGUACCGCCCCGGCAGGGGUGGUCAGCAGGCGAUGGCGGUGAACGUCCUGUAUGCCGUUUUCAGCUCGGGGGCUUCGGCACUCAAGACGCUGAGGUGGUCUUUGAGGAGUCCCAAGCGUUUCCUGGGUGUGCUGGCCGCGUUGUUCGUAUUGUACAACCUGCUGGUGUUGCUGGGCGUGAUCGAGUAUAUGAAGGAGGUCUGGGUGUACACGAUCAGCUACCUGGCCACGGCCAAGGAUGCGUUCGUGGAGACCUCGGAGGUCGUCCAGGAGUGGGCCACCUACCUGUGGGAGUGGAAGGAGUGGGCCCAGAAGCUCAUGCCUCUUCAGCGGUGGUUUGCGAUGUUCUUGGCUCUGAUCCUUCUGACCCUCUGGGCGGCCCACGAGUGGUCGGACAGUGGGGAGCACGGAGAGUCCUCGAUUGGGUCCUCAAGCGCUUCGAGAAUGGAUGUGCCCGUCGGUUCGACUGCUUCGGUGCCUCCGCCCUUGCCGCCGCCCGGCUAUCUUUCAAGUGGAGAGAGUGCUGCGUUGGCGAGCCAGCUGAACGAUCUCGUGGAGCCCCAGAAGGCCAUGAUGGAAGAGAUCAGCGAGAUCAGGACCGCCGAGAGGACGAGGGAGUUGCGUCGAGACGUACUCGAAGCUUCCCUGGAUUCGCGCGGUCGCUCGGACGCCGAGGCCAACAAGCAGGUGAUCGAGGGCAUGAUUGCGCGUCUGGAUCGGUUCGAGGCUCGUCUGAAGGGAGAGGCCGUCGAGCUGGCCAUCAAGCGGAUGCGCUUCAAGGCUCAGUUGCCGCAGCAGGUGUUCAUGGAGCAGCUGGACGAGUACAAGGAGAUCGAGCCCGAGGAGUGGAACAGCCGCAUGCCCGAGGGUUACCGCCAGCGGAUCUCGGCCGAGGUGCUGUCGGAGAUCUACUCGUCAGGAAAGACGGCCGAAGCCUGGGCGCGGGGCUUCAUCAGGGACCGCGGCCUGAGCGACUGCAACACGGCGCGGGAGAUGAUCGCGGCCUUCGCCGCGGUGGACACGAUGCUGAUGACCGAUCGUCAGAGGGGACUCCUCAACCUGGUGAGCUUCGAGCGGUUGGUGCGAAAGGGCUACGCCAUUGUGAGGGCCUACCGCAACGUGAACAGCCGCGACGACUGGAGCCGCCCCAAGGAUGCCAAGAACUGGAAGUCGAAGGUGGACUGGGAGGCGGCGCGUCGCUUGGACCCUCAGCUCGCCGACGAGAGCACCAUUCGGGCAAUGAGCGCCCAGGAAGAGAUGAAGAAGGCCAUGGGUCGCGACGCGCAGCUGAUGAAGGCGCGCCCCGACCUGGACGGGGGCGCGGUGGUGCUGUUCGCCCGCCCGGAGCGCCCCGCUUCGACUUCUCGUCGGGUGCUGUCGCGCUGGAAGGAGGAGAUGGAGCUGGUGGAGACGGCGAACCGUUCUCUCCUGGCGUUGCGUCAGCUCUACCGUGGGAGUCUGGACGACAGUCUACUGGGCCUGGCCGACUGCUGGGGCCAGGGGAUCGCGCCCGACAACUUGGACGGGGACCUCACUCGGCGGGUGCUGGGAGAAGUUCGUCGCCAGUCGCCGCCGUCGACUACACCCUCACAAGGAGCCGCGCUUCUGCGGCUGCGCCCUGCCGCCACGGCGGCGGGCAAUCAGUUCCAGUCCACCUUCAAACAGAGGGUGGCCGAACUUCGGAGGAGGAGUGCUGGCGGAAGUGGACGGCUGCCGGACAGGGGCGAGACGUUUCCAGCUCAAUGGGACCGAGUCGCCCUACCUCCUCCGGGGACCAGACCUGCGAGUGCGAGGUCUGCGUCGCCUCGCGCGGCACAGAAAUUGGAGAUGUUCAAGGAGGAGAUGUUGAGAGAGGAUGGCGAGGCUUGUGUUCAGGCCUGCGAGAUACGCAACUACGUGGACCCGCAUUUCCGCAAGAAGAAGGAAAUGUUGCAGCUGGCCCGAAGGAUGGUUUUGGCGGGGAUGUUGCGCCGCACUGCAGUGAAGGUGGACGAGGUCGGGCUCUUUUGCGCCGCGAAGAAGGCGGAGCUUGUGGGGAGCGAGCCCGAGGUGACGCUAAGUCUGGUGUUCGACCAGAGGCGCUCCAACAUGCGAUGGCGGUCUCCCCCGCGGCGUGCCAUGGGCGGCGCCAGUGCGAUGUCGUUCUUGGACGUGUCCGAGGAGAUGAAGGAGGAUGGCGUGACCAUGCGCUUCGGCACGGGCGACCUUCCCGACUUCUACUACACGCUGGAGCUGGGGGAGGAGCUGGCGCCGUACUUCGCGCUGCCGGGCGUGUCUGGGGAUGCGCUGGACGCGCUGCUUCCCGAAGGCUCGUCUCUGCCUGGGAGCGGGCCCUACGUCGGGGUGCAGGUUGCGCUGAUGGGCUUCUCCUGGGCGUGCUGGAUGGCUCAGACGACCAUGGAGGACAUCUUCAAUACUGGGCCCCAGUUCGGGCUUCCCUCGCAUUCAGACGGCCAACGUCUGGCCGAAGGCGGGCCGUUACCCCAUCUCAGUCGGGAUCUACCUGCUGCGCACUACGAGUACAUCGACGACUUCGGCAUCAUGGGCCUGGACUUCCCGACACGGCCUGGCCAGGAGGCGGCGACGACGGUGGAGGAGAUCUGGCUCGGUGCCAAGGAGUUGGUGGUGUCCGCGGGCUUCAAGGGGCACAAGAUCCUGAUCCACAAGUGGGAACUACCCGACACCGUCGCGCGGAUCGUUGGCAUCCUGUCCUGGGGCUUCCUGAUCUGCCGUUGUGCUUUGAGCGUCUUCGCGGACGUGCACUCCUGGCGCAUGGAGUUCCGGGGUGGAGCUCGGCGCGAGGCCCCACGGGAAGUGCUGAGGGAGUUGGCUGCGGCCGCGGCCUUGGCGCUGCUGAUCUCGGUGGACCUCUCGACGCCCUGGGGCCCGAUGGUGAUGAUGUUCGACGCGAGCCUCUACGGUGGUGCGCUCAUCUCUGCGGCGGCCACGGUGGAGGAGCAGCGUCGAGAGGCGCGAUAUGCAAUUCGAGGAGGCUGGACCGUUUGGACGGGCAUUUCCUCGUCCUGGGCGGCGGGCGCCCGGUGCGAGGGGGAGGCCUUCAGACGCGUGGGCACCGACGUGGAGUUGGGCACCCGGAUCCGAGUUCCGCCUGUGCACGAGCGCUGGGACGACAUCGCUCGGUGGAAGGAGGUUGCGCGCUGGCGCUGGGAGGAGAAGGAGCACAUCAACCUGCUGGAGAUGCGCACGGGGUUGGCCGCAGCGAGGAGAAUGGCUGCCCUCGACCUCGGGCGCGGCAUGCGGGAGCACUGGCGCUGGGCGCCGUCGGACCGCAACCACAGCGACGGGCCGAGCCGAGGUGGCUUCGAGGAUCGAGGCCCUGGCGGACUUGGCGGAGGUGGACCCAGCCCAGCGAUCCCGGUGAAGGUGCUGCGCUUCGUCCACCUCUGCAGCGGCCACACGCGCAUCGGGGACCUGGGGGACUGGCUGCUCAGGAUCGCGGGCUCGCGGGGCUACCUGAUGAUCUGCACCGACGCGGACAUCGGCUUCGAGGCGGAGUUCGACCUGACGGACGAGGUCAACGCGCGGAGGCUGGAGCUGCUGGCAGAAGUGGAGACGGACGGCGGACACUCAGGGGGCGACGCGAAGAAGGUGAAGCUUGGGAACGCGCAGUUGCUGAGCAGUUCGAGGAUCCUGAAGUCGAUCGGGCUCAAGGGCGGCUCAGUAUCCGUCGAGCAUCCUGCCGAUCCGGGUUGCCCGCCGUUUCCUUCGAUCUUCGUGACCAAGGAGCUGAUGGACUGGGAGGCACACUUGGGUGCCUACCGAGCGACCUCCCCGCAGUGCAUGCGGGGCUGCCCCGCGCUGAAAUUGACGACGCCCACGGGGGCGGCCUUCGGGGUGCAGCGGUUUGUUCGCCCCUGCGCGCACGAAAACCACUCGGCGAGCCUCUGCGGCGAGGACGAGAGCGGUCGCUUUCGGACAAGGGCGGCCCAGGCGUACUCUUUCCACUUCUGCAGGACGCUGGCGGAGUGCCACGUGGACGCGACGCUGACCAUGCAGGAGAGACGGGAGGCCGACCUGACCGAGAGGGCCGCGGAGCAGUUGAUCUCAGAUACCAUGGAGCGCAGGCGCCGGGACGCUACGUUGCUGGAGUCACUACCUGCAGCGGUGCAAGAUUACGCAGACAUGAUGCAAGAUCUACGGGAUUGGGCGCAGCAGUGGUACAGCGACCUCACGCAGCGGGCCACCGAUGGUACUGAGUGGCAGGAGUGGCGCGUGGCCUUCAUGACGGAUGUACUUCUGAGCGGCCCCAACCAGGCCCUGAGGCGCCCACUCGUCAGCGGGCCCCCUCGCCACACGAUCACCGACAUCAUCAGAGUUCUUUGCAGCAGCGCCUGGAGGCAGACGCAAGAUCAAAGGGAUCGCUUCGUCGCGAGCUUUCGAGAGGCGACCCCGACGGAGAGACAGCGGCUACAGCAGGAACACUGGACGGAGCUGGAGGAUCUUCGUGCGAUGAUUCGGGUUCGAAUUGGCGACCAGGCGCCUGACCAUCGACGAUCGCCACCUCCCGGGGAACCCGACUCGAGUGAUGAGCAGCCAUCGGCCGGGACCGCGUGCCGGUCCAGUUGCCCGCGGUGGCCCGCGCUCCUGGGUUGGCUGCUGCUACCUUUUCUAUCGGACGCCGUCGGCGAAGAGAGGCUUCGGCACCACGCUCAGCACCGCAAGAUGGGCAACACCCACCGCAGGAACGACGCGGAGGGCGCGCACCCACAGCGGGCGCAACGGCGGGAGAGAGCCACCCAUGGGCUGGCCCUGCUGCCGUUCUCGGUCUCCACCAAGACGGCGCUGGGCUGCUACGUGCCCAACGUGCGCCGCUUCCUUGACUUCGCGCUGGAGGUGAACCUGCCGAUGAGGAGCCGAGAGGAGAUCGACGACUCCGUCCUUUGUUACUUGGACCGCCUGGUCGAGGACAAGGAGGUGGGCCCGCAUCGAGGAGAUUUCGCUGCGCAUGGGCUUGCCUACGUGUGGCCCGAGCUCUCGACGGGGCUGCCGAGGUCCAACCGAGCUCUUCGAGCCUGCCAUCGACUGCACGUUGCAGGAGAAGGGGGGGCCCAGCCUCUCGAACUCUGGGCCGUGCUGGACGAGGCCGCGAGGUUGGCCGGGGGCGUGGAGGCCGCUGACGCCGCCGAGGUCGCCCUGGACGCCCACCUUAAAUCCGCGGAGCUGUUCGCCCUGCAGGCGGCCGACAUCGCGGUCGACGCGGACGAGGCGGGCGAGCAGAUCGCUGCUCUACGACUCGGGGUGACCGAGCGUGGCGAGAGGACCAAGACGGGCGUGAGGCAGGGCGCGCUGAUCGACCGCCGGCAUGUGAGUGACAUGCUCGCGCGCAGGAAGUCCGAGCGAGGCCCCUCGGACCGAGUCUUCAGCUGCUCGGUGGAUGCCUACCGCUGGGCUCUGAGGCGAGCCUGCGAUGACGUCGGUGUCGAGCGCUUCCCGCCACAUGCUGCCAGGCACUCGGGGCCGAGUCAUGACGCGGCGACGGACUACAGGACGGCGUGGGCCAUCCAGCGGCGCGGGCGGUGGGCUUCAGAGAAGAGCGUGCUCAGGUACAUGAAGACGCACGCCCUGGUGGCCGCCCGCGCUGCGCUCCCGCCAGACAUCCUUGAGCGCGGGAGCCGACUAAUUCAGAAGAAGAGUUGUCGCCCUGCAAAGGCUCGUGAGUGA